AGCCAGGGCAUGAUGAGACGCCACAUGAGCCUCAAAUAGGUGAACCUUCUGUAGCUCGUGCGGAGCCAGAGCAUGAGAUGCCACAUGUGCCUCAGAGUCCGCAACCUUCUACAGCUCGUGCCGAGCCAAAGCGUGACGAGACACCACAUGUGCCUCAUAGCCCAAAACCUUCUACAGCUCGUGCCGAGUCAGAGCAUGACGAGACACCACAUGUGCCUCCUAAGCCACAACAUUCUCCAGCUCGCCCCGAGCAAGGCCAUGAUGAGAUGGCACAGACUUUUCAACAAGCACCGCCGACACAUGAAGAACUACUCCCUCUAGUAUGUGAAGCUCGUGAAAAGAUCCCCAUCAUGAUAAGGUCGACAGGGUCAAAAUCUUUUGUGGAUAUGAAUGUCUCGGGUAUGUACAAGUGGUAUGCUCAUGACCAGUUCAAGCCUGAGAACCAAGGCCCGAACAAAUUUGCCUACAGGAUGCCCACUGACACCUCAGACUACACAACGAUAACAAAGUAUCCAGAUGUUGAAACCAUCAAGUGGUCAAAGGAUUGCCCGAAAGAAUAUGUAAAAGGCAAACGUUUCCUACCAAACCGGGUCUUGUGUAAGAUGCCAUAUGGAAUGAGAAGGUUCCAUGAUUGGUACUACUUGCAUGUUUCACGUACAGAACUGAAUGUGUUGGAAGCAGUAAUACCUGCUCGCACAUUUGGAGGCCCUGCUUCGGGUAUUGCCUUUGACUUCAGCGACAUCCAAUCAUGCUUUCACCUUAGUUCAAUGUCGAUGAAUCUGAUUCGCACUUGGUGCCUAAUGCAAGCAAACUUUAUGAAAUCUACACGCUCAACGAAAGCCGGGUAUGUAGACCCUAUGCCUAUAGCACAAAUAAAUUUUAAUUACCCAUCGAGAUGGGAAUUGGAUGCGCCACAGCUAGCUGCUGGAGGGACGUUGGCGGAGAAAGAAAAGAUCCGUGCGGCCAAAAUAAGAGAAGAGUCUCUUAAGGUUGCGGCAUGGCUUGCCGUAUGUUUAAAGAAUCUCCAACACUUCGAAACAAUAUGGAUUCCAUACCACUUCAACAAUCACUGGAUAGUCAUAGGUCUCGAUGUCGGGAUGAACAUGGCAUGGAUUUGUGAUUCUGCAGAUUUUGACCCUCACACAUAUAAAGACUUCAUGUCAAUUCUCAUUACGGCAUUCAGGGCCUAUGUCAAGAAUCACAAAGGAAGGCAUGAUCCAGGUCUGGGGAGCCACUUGCGUUUCAAAUCUCUAUGUUCGGUAAGUGCGACUUAGUUUGGCAUAAAAUUACUAAUUUUUUCAGUACUUAUACUUGACACAUCUCCAUUUGCAAAU